AUGGAGCUAACACAGAAUGCGCUUCUCAAUGCGCUGGGUGCAUAUGCCAGCGACGACGGCAGUAACAGCGACUCGGAAAGCAGCACGAGAACCGACGCCUCUCCACAACCAACAGCACCCCGGCAAGCAGACAGCCAAGUCGAAAGCGAAAGCAAAAUAGAGUCUUUGGAAGUAAUUUUUGUCGGGCCACAUGCAGAAUACACAAGUGACGAAGAGUCGGGAGGAGACAACACUUUUCAAACAGAGGCCAUCCAUGGCGUGAGCGAGGAGGAGCUACUCGCGUAUCAUAAAACCAAACGCGAUCUUGAUUUGUUGCUUGGUUGCGAUCGGGCUCCAGGAUUUUCACAGCUGCCUCCCGACGUGGCUGAGUGUUCCUCUGAGCUGCAGGCGAAAUUCCAGCAGUGGUACCGGCUCAGGCAGCAAGGUGCCAACUUCAACGAUGCGCUAAUGCGAAACAAGACAUUCAAAAACCCGAAUAUAUACAGAUGUCUGGUGGAUUAUUUGAAGCUAGAGGAGUCUGGAUCCAACCUGCCAGACAACGGGUUUGCAGCAGCCCGGCUUAGGAAUGACUUUACACCCAAUGGUCUGGCCGAUGACCAGGAGCGGCGGGCUCGCGAGUACGCGGCAAAGAAAAGCGCUGAGUCGGCAGCAGGAAACCUGCGGAAAAUGGAGUUUCGGUCGGUUGGCCAUGAGAACAUGCCAUUGACAAGUGGAUUUAGGAGCGGUGGUGCCCCAAAGCCCAUGUCAAAUCAACAUGCUAGCUUUACAACAGGGUAUGUACCCACAUCAACUCAGCAUCGCCCAAGCAUGCAGUCAUCUUCUGCACAGCCCCCGGACAACAAGGCAUUUGCCGACGCGGUUGAGCGAGCUAAAUUGAUAGCCCAGCAACUGAAACGCGCAAAAAAACAGUAG